AUGGAAAUGCGGCGCUGCGCUCUACUUACCCUACUGCAGAUCGAUCGAGCGAAGAGAAAGAAGAGGAAGAAGGAGAAGGACGGCGCGACGACAUCUCGACCGCCGCGCAUUCCCGAUUCCGCAGCGUACAAGGCGCUGGAGGAUCUCGUCUCGCCUCACAUCGAUUCCUUCGACUACUUCGUGCAGCGGGGACUGGUGGAAGCAGUGAAGGGGAUCGCGCCGGUGGAGAUCGAGCAGGGUUCGACUGGGAAUAAGCUGAUUUUGACGCUCGACAAGCCUGUUGUGCAACCGCCCGUGAAGGAUCUCAAGGAGAAGGCAAUGGAGCAUCGUCUUCUUCCAAAGGAGUGCCGGCAAGGGUUCUUGAGCUACACCGGCGCGCUCAAUAUCCAGCUUAUCUUGGAUUACGGUUCAAUGACUAGAUACCAUCAACUUUCGCUUGGAAAGCUGCCUAUAAUGUUGAAGUCGAGCCUUUGCCAUUUGAGAGGCUUGUCGCCACAAAAGCUUAUUUCUUUGAAAGAGGAGGGCACGGAGAUGGGAGGGUACUUCAUUGUGAAAGGAAUUGAAAGAAUCAUACGAAAGCUCAUUGUACCGAAACGAAAUCAUAUAAUUGCUAUAAGGAGAAAUGCGUUUCAAAACAGAGGAGCAGGAUUCUCUGACAUCGGGUUGAUGAUGAGAUGUGUGAGACCAGACCAAACAGGGUCAACUAUCAAACUUUACUACCUGCAUCAUGGCACGGCUAGGCUUGGUUUUGUGAUUCGGAGGCAGGAGUUUGUGAUUCCGGUCGGAAUAAUUUUGAAGGCGUUCAUGGACACAAGUGACCGAGAAAUUUUCGAGCAGCUGAGUGGCAUCCACGUCCAAGGGCAAGAGCAGUCCAAAGGUGCAGUUGGAAGCCAGCUUAUAAGUCAAAGAGCAAGAAUCAUUAUUGAAGAGACGCAACGUCAACCUUGCCUUACACGUUUGGAUUGCCUUCGCUAUAUUGGCGAAACAUUUCGGACUCCUUUGGAGGCGCUGUCUAGUAUGUCCAACGCCGAGGUCGGAGAGGAUGUUCUGAGGAGAUUUGUCUUUGUACAUUUGGACAAUUUCCGUGAUAAGUUUAACUUGCUCAUUCAUAUGCUGCACAAGCUUUUUGCGGUUGUGGAUGGGUCGGCCUCGAUUGAUAGUUCCGAUACUUUACAACAUCAGGAGCUCUUACUACCCGGACAUCUGAUGAAUAUCUAUUUGAAGGAUAGACUAGAAGACUGGCUUUACAGGUGCAAGAGGUUGUUGCAAAGGGAAAUGCAACUCAAGGAAGAGUUCGACUUAAGCGACCAUGCAAAGGUUUUAAAAAUUGUGGAGAAAAAUAAUGCUGUGGAUAUAGGCAAACGGAUUGAAUAUUUAUUAAGCACUGGAAAUAUUCAAUCCCAGUCGCAUAUGGACCUUCAGCAGGCAAAUGGUUUUAGCGUGGUAGCCGAAAAGCUGAAUUUUUUCAGAUUCAUAUCUCAUUUUCGUUCCGUCCAUAGGGGAGCUUUUUUUGCAAGACAGAGAACUACAUCCGUGCGCAAGCUACUACCAGAAUCGUGGGGAUUUCUUUGCCCCGUUCACACUCCCGAUGGUGAACCUUGUGGGUUGCUCACUCAUUUAAGCUCAUUGUGCAAAAUUUCCACUGACCUCGAUCAAAAUAAUCAUCCCAAGGACCCCAAGGUUAUUCAUCGAACUAUUGCUACGGUGUUAGCUCAACUCGGCAUGGUUUCGAUUUCACCUUUAUUGGCGUUGUCAGUACCUCAAACCGUUUCUCACUUACGAAGUUUGAAAGUGACCAAGGGUUCUCAGGUCCCUAUCGAUCUAGAGAUUGGAUAUGUUCCUUGCACGUAUGCUGGAGCUUACCCUGGCUUGUUUCUGUACACGACGCCAUCACGGUUUCUUCGCCCAGUGAAGCAACUUGAUACAGGAGCUAUUGAACUUAUCUCUGCCUUCGAACAGGCAUACAUGGAAAUUGCAUGCCCCGACGGAGGAAAUUGCGGUCGAACACCUUCAGCUCCACCAGCAACUCACAUUGAACUGCAUCCGACGGCUAUGUUGAGUGUGGUUGCAAGCUCAACACCUUGGUCGGAUCACAAUCAAAGUCCUCGAAAUAUGUACCAGUGCCAGAUGGGAAAACAAACGCUAGGCUUUGCUUCACAGGCUUUGAAGUUUAGAACGGAUCACAAAAUGUACAAUCUUCAGAACCCUCAGUCUCCUGUUGCGCGCAACGUUAAUUACAAAAAGUACAACAUGGACGAAUUUCCACUUGGCACCAACGCUGUUGUUGCAGUGUUAGCGUACACAGGUUUUGACAUGGAAGAUGCUAUGAUUAUGAACAAAUCAUCGAUGGAGAGAGGUUUAGCACAUGGACAAAUCUAUAAGACCGAGCAUGUCGAUUUAAGUUUGCUGCAAAAAAAAUCUGAUGGAAUUGUGAACCUCUUUUCAAGACCAACUGGGAAGAGAAAUAUACAUAAUUUUCUUGACGUGGACGGUCUUCCACACAUUGGCCAGACUAUGCAUAAUGGAGAUCCUUAUUGCAGUGUUUUGAAUACAAUGACUGGUGAUGCGAAGCUACAUAAGCUUAAAGCUGCAGAAAAUGUCGUCAUAGAUUCCGUCAUUGCCAUCGGGCAUGGCAGAGACCCACUUCAAAAGAUCGCUGUGAAGUUCCGCCAUGAUCGAAACCCGGUUAUUGGUGACAAGUUCAGCAGUCGCCAUGGACAGAAAGGAAUUCUGUCACAGUUGUGGCCAGAUAUCGACAUGCCAUUUUCGGCUGUCACCGGGAUGCGUCCCGAUAUUAUUAUCAAUCCCCACGCAUUCCCGUCUCGUAUGACGAUCGGUAUGCUUAUGGAGUCUAUGGCUGCCAAGGCCGGCGUUCUUCGAGGCGAGUACGUGGAUUCGACUCCCUUUAGAAGCAGCUCAGCAGCUUUAGAUGCAAAAGAUGGUAAAACAGGAAGCGGCUACAAGGGUAAAGAUAAGCAUUAUCCCGCGAUUAGUGAGUUUGGGGAGCAGCUGGCACAGCACGGUUUCAAUUACCAUGGCACCGAGGUUAUGUACAGCGGUUUGCUAGGAACGGAACUCACCUGUGAGAUCUUCAUCGGUGUUGUGUAUUAUCAGCGACUGCGACAUAUGGUUUCGGACAAGUUUCAGGUCCGCUCGCUCGGUGCUAUCAAUCCCGUCACUAGACAGCCAGUAGGUGGUCGCAAGCUCGGUGGAGGCAUACGUUUUGGAGAGAUGGAGCGUGACUCGCUACUUGCACACGGUGCAGCGUAUUUACUACACGAUCGAUUGCACACAUCCUCCGACUACCACGUUGGAGACGUGUGCACCACUUGCGGGAGUCUGCUGUCAACUCUGAUGGUACCCUCAAAGCAGCCCGCCGUCGGUGCUCGGAACAAACCCAAGAAGGCUACCUGCAAAGUCUGCCAGUCGAAUGCUGGAGUCGUCAAGGUUGCCAUGCCAUUCGUCUUCCGGUAUCUUGCAGCAGAAUUGGCAGCCAUGAACGUGAAGCUUACCCUCAAAGUUGCUUCAGCGUAAGGAAGGGACCACUGUACUUGGAGCAAAGGAUCUAGCAUGGUUUUUGGUCCUUGAAGGAGCGGACCCAGCCCUUUGCAGAGCAUCUCCAGCUCCACAUACGCUCCCUGCCGUCAUCCGGGCAUCCUCAAGCCUCACUGCAUCUCGAGAAGACAAGCCUUUAUCCAGGCAAGCGCUCCUUCGCUGGCUUGGCUCUUUUUCUUUGCUUGUUUUCCGUCAAUAUAUAUGGCGUUGGAACAAAGAGCCUUCCUUUAGAAGACAAGGCGAAGAAAUGCUAAGAACCGUUUUUCCU